GAUUUUUAAACUCUUAAGAUAAAAAAAUGUAAAUCCUGUUGUUGUUGUCUAUGUUCCUAACGACACAUUUCCGGGGAAAAAAAACCGCUAAGAGGAGUUUAGAAAGAAAACACACACCAUUUGCCUUAGUAGUGCGUGUGUGCGUAUAAGUAUAGGUUGCUCGCCUAAACCCGGUUCCGCCACCAUAAUAUCGCAAUCACAAAACGACUCUAGGUGGAAUACCUACAUGAUUACAGCAAUGUUUUUCUGAUAGUAAACAUACAAGUGUGUACUUCUGUUAUGCUGCUCUAAUAAAUUUCAAAAAAUGUGAAAGUUUGUUUACAAAACUUACUUCCAUGAAUUGUUUGUGAGAAGAUAAAAUGUUUAAAACUCUAUUAUGCUCUAUAUGAACUUUAAUAAAGCCGAAGUAAACCAUGUCGUAUAUAUUCAAAAUCAAAGUGCUCGUGUAACAUAUAAAAGUGAAAAUGAAUCGAUAUGACCUUCCUAUUCGACUGAGUGUUCGUAUCACUAAAAAUAUCGAUGUGGGAGGUGGUGCUAGUGCUGCGGAGCGACGCUGCAGAUGUCUUCCGUGUCCUGGAAGCCUGGUGGCAGGCGAUACUGUUGCUUGGCAAGCUCGUGUUAUGCUGUUUUCAGCUGAUUCGCCAAACUAUAGAGGUGAAGUUAUCGACGGAGGCCAUGAUGGCGCCUAGCGUGUUUCAGAGGACCAAGUCGCCACGCUCCUCGCCGUCUAACCUACCCAACAAAUUACAGAAUGGCACUGAAGCAGCGUCACAGCCGGAGCCCACAGCAGAUUCUAGUCCUGGCAACUCGAUCUCAGACGCUGAGAACUUCGAGUGCUACGGAGAAGCAGACGCCGAUGUACCCGCCAGUAACCCAUUGGAAAAUCGCUCGAGGAGUCCGGCCAAUCAUCUCAACAGACAUUCCUGGACGCGAACCAGUUUGAGACGAACUCCACCCAGCCAUCAGGAGAAUCUGCCACAUCGCCGAUGGGGCUCCAUGAGACAUUCCGGGAAGCGGCAAAUUGGCUCCAAUGUCUUAGCAAGCCAGCUGUAUCGGUCGUCGUCGUUCAACUCGUCCGGCUGCGGGUCGGGCGGGGAGCCGGCAGACGACAUGUACUCUGAUGUCUCACUCGAAGAAGACGUCCAGGGACUGAACUAUAAGGUGCAAUUACUACAGCAACAGGUGACCUCCCUGGCGGAUACCCAGAGUACAGCAGACGACCGCUACGCAAGGGCCAAAGCUGAAAACGCUGUACUCCAGGCUCGCGUACACAUACUCGAUGAACAGAUCCGAGAGAUCGAGUGCCGGUGCGACGAGCGCAUAGCAGAGGAGCAAAGGCGAUGUCGUGAAGCAAUCUCCAGGUUGGAAAGAGACCGCGACCAACAACUAUCAGCCCUUAACGACAGAUUGUCCGCUGCAGAGACUGAAGCUUCUGAUCUCAAGCAGGAGGUGGGUAGACUCCGAGGAGUAGCAGAAACAUUACGAGCGAAUGCUGAAGCGACAGCGCGGGCGCAUCGUGAAGCGCAAGAACAAGUAGCAGAACUGCUUUCACAACUCAGCGCGGCGAGAGAAUCCGAAAGACGCGAACGAGAUGCCGCGACGGCCGCGACUGAACUGCUGACUGCAGCGAAGUUAGAACUCCAACGGAUCAAAGAAACACCACCACCACCUCCCGAUCCUAGAUUAGAUGAGAUGAGAAAGGAGCUACUGUUACUUCGCACUCAUAACAAAUCACUUACCGAAGCGCAAGAAGAACUUCAAGCUCAGAUCCUAACUCGAGGUGUUGAAGAAGGUCGCAGUUUACUUGACGGCGUUAAUGGCCCCCUCUGUGCCACCAACUCGCUAGCACACGAACUCUCUCAGAUGAGCGAUGAUGAGCUCGAUGGUAGCGAUACACUACACAGCAUAGAGUUGGAAAAGCUUCAAAAGGCUCUAAAGGAACAGCAAGAUGUCAACGUGCAACUAAGAAAUUACAUCGACGGAAUCCUACUGUCGAUCGUAGAAAACUACCCACAACUUCUCGAAGUCAAGUACCAGAAGCAAUCAGGCGAUAUCAAGUCAUAACAAACGAUCGGAAUAAUCACUCGAUACUGCGUCCUCAUUUUUAUAAACAAUUUUGAAUGAACAGGUUCAUUUUAUACAUUAAAUUAUUAUUUUUUAAACGUCUGUUAUAAAUUGGAAUAAAAUUCGUAAUGGAUGUUUCUGUGAUAGAUAAAAAGCGUUAUAAAAACGUUGAGAUGGUAACGAAAAAAUAUAUAGGUUAAGAAGAAUUUUUAUGAAUGAAUAAUUGGGAAACUUUAACGACUAUUAUAGUUGGUGUG